UUUUUCUUUUUGUCAUUUCAUUAAUAUCAAUAUCGUACAAGAGUUCCACCAAUACAAAUGAUUUAAAGAGGGUAAACAUUUUAACAUAGAUAUCAUUCUGACAAAUAAGAUAAAAGUGACGUCGAUGACAAAAAAAUCACUCUUCCUUGCAGUUUAAAAAAAUGUCUCAAGCAAAACUCAAAUUCUCUCAUUUUUCGCGAAUUUGCAAAUAAUAAUCGAUCAUGAGUUCGAGCAAAAAGGACGCGUCUUCGUUUAUUCAAUACACCGCCGCAAUAACAGCUUCAUUAACGGCUCUAGGUUAUGGUCUAAAUUUAUCAUGGACGUCGCCAGUGAUUCCAUAUUUAACAAGUAAAAAGUCCCAUAUACCAGUGACAAAGGAACAAUGUGACUUAAUAUCGUCAAUAUUUUCAAUUGGCUUAAUUCUCGGCUAUCUAGUGAAUCCAAUAAUAAUCGAUCGAACAAGCAGAAAGAAAACCCUUCUAAUUUACACAUUUCCACAAAUAUUAUCGUGGCUAUUAAUAAUAUUCAUAAAAAAAUUUCCAUCAAUUUUAAUUGGACGAAUAAUAUCCGGUUUUGGUUAUGGCGGCGCAAUUUGCGGUCUAACGGUUUAUCUCUCUGAAAUUGGAACAAUAAAAAAUCGUGGCAUAUUUCUCGUUAUGAUACCAAUAUUCUUAAAUCUUGGUUUCCUCCUCGUCAUGAUACUUGGUGCAUUCUCAACAUUUGAUACACUCAAUUUAGUAAUGCUAAUGGUGCCAUUAAUUUUUUGCGUCACUUUUGUCUUUAUGCCAGACUCAUCAUAUUUUCAGAGGAAAAAUAAUAUUAUUAAUAAUACUAAUAAUAAAACUGGUAAGAAUAAAAAAAAUAAUGAUGAUGAUAAUGAGAAAAUGAUGAAAUUAAUGAAUACAGACGAAAUGGAAAACUACGACCGAGAAAAUGAGGGAAACUUUAAGGUUGGGUUCAAGUGGAACGAAAUGAGAAUUUACAAACUAGUAAAUAAUCGAAAUAACCAAAAAGCAUUGUUGAUUGAAAUUAUUUUAGCAGCAACGAUAACCCUAUCGGGCUCGACGCCAAUUUUAUUUAACACUCAACAAUUAUUGUCCUACAGUCAUUUUUCCCUGAGAGCCGAGGAGUGUACGAUUAUUUUGGCGGGAAUAACGAUAAUUGCCUGUUUGUUGAGUAUCCCCCUGGUGGAGAGAAUAAAAAGAAAAGUAAUUCUUCUCGUAUCUGGAAUAUUGGCAACAAUUGGAAUGCUAAUGGUGGGAGUAUUUUUUCUCAUGGAAUAUGAAAAUUACGAUGUUUCAAAAUUAAGAUGGAUGCCACUAUUGGGAUUGACUGUUUAUUUAUUUAUGAAUGCAUUUGGUUUUUUGAAUUUAUUUUAUAUAUUUCAGUGUGAAUUAUUUAUGAGCGAUGUGAAGAGUCAAGCGGUGACAAUAUCAAAGAUAACGAUAACUUUCUUUAUGUUCAUGGCAUUGGUGAGAUUUCAAUAUUUAAUUGAUAAUUUGGGUUUGCAUGUGAUCUUUUUUUUAUUUGCGACAAUAUCGGCAGUGGGGACUUAUUUGAUUUUUAUUAUUACACCCGAAACACAGGGAAAGAGUGUCGAAGAAAUACAAUUAUUGUUAAAAACGAGAAAAAUGUUUUUUUAAAUAAAAAUUUUUUUAAUAAAAUAAAAAUAAUAAAAAACGAAAAAGAGACUUUUCAGGACAAAAAACAGA